ACUUUGGAGUAUGCAUGUGUUGCAUUUGUGAAAAUGUCUAAACCAAAUGCCACAACUUUUUUCUUUUGUUUCAGGUUCAUUGGUCCCUAUUGCAGCUAGCAGAAUGAUGUCACCAGAGGAAGAAUCAUGGACUAGUUGGUUGUGUGACUUGGAACUAGAGGAUUGCGACUUCCUCAAUGAACCUGACACAAACUGGUUAGAUGAGAGUUUCCUGUCUGAAGACUCUGCUCCACAAGAGCUGAACUUGCAAACAUCUUUCUCUAACGAUAGCAACCACUCUUGCUCCACCAUGAGCAACUCCUCCUCAGGGGAUGAUGAUGAUAACAGCUCUGAGAGGCCUUCCAAGACACUCAAGAAUGAUGCUUCUCCCUGCUACAUUUUUUCAUUUACCAAUGAGAAUCCAGCGCCAAUAUUAAACUUUGAAUCAACUUUGAAGCCAAAAGACAAUGCUGUGAAUGUUAAUCAUCAUGAGAACAGGUCUAAUUUGCCCUCAAAGAGGUCCUUGGAAAGUCAAAAGAAGGAACCAAAACGCAAAGUACAGGAGAGGGAGAGGGUCAGAUCUCCUCACCAAGCUCACGAUCACAUUCUUGCUGAGAGAAAGAGGAGAGAAAAUAUUAGCCAGCAGUUUAUAGCUCUUGCAGCUCUUAUUCCAGGCCUCAAAAAGAUUGAUAAGGCCUCUGUGCUGGGGGACGCUAUACAGCAUGUGAAACAGCUCCAAGAGCAGGUGAAGCUACAGGAAGAGCAAACCAACAGGAAAAGCACAGAGUCAGUGGUGUAUUUUGAGAAAUCUAAGUCCUCUGUGGACGAAGAUGUCUCAGACACAUCCUCAAAUUCAGGCAGAGAAAAUAAUGGUUCACUGCCUGAAAUUGAGGCAAGGAUGUCAGAGAACAAAGUGUUGAUCCGAAUCCACUGUGAGAAACAGGAGGGGGUGCUGAUGAACAUACUCAAAGAGAUAGACAACCUUCAUCUAUCAGUGAUCAAUAGCAGUACCUUGCUUUUCGGGACCUCCAAAUUGUACAUAACCAUCAUAGCAGAGAUGGAUGAUGAGUUGAGGCUGAGCGUGAAGGAACUGGCAAUAAAGCUUCGAGUGGGGCUCUUGCAAUUCAUGCAGUAGCAUUCAUUCAGUUAAUCGUCUUGUCAUUAGCCAUCCCUCACUUUAAAGUUUAAUGUAUUAUGGAUUCAAUAAAUGUCCACUUUCUUAGUAUCAAUAAUAAUAAUUAGGUUCUCAUUA